CUCAAGUCAUUCGCGACGAUCGGUCGACCAGUGCAGUGUCGCUGUCAACCUUAUCGCUGCGUUGCCCUGCAUGUAUAUGUGGCCAUCUAGCUGACGAUUAUUACUGUCGAUGCUGUGAUAUACACUGAUAAUUUAGAAUCACUAUAUUCCCAGGAUCACGCGAAGGGUCACCACGGACUAUCACAGCAGACUUCAUCCGAUUCGGCGCCAUUUUGUGACGACUGCCUAUAUAUAUACUGUAUCGCUAUAUACUUAGUAGGCACAGUCUGCUCUGUACAUUGAUGUACAAGAAAUAUACGUCAAGUUGAGUUGAUGACAGAGAUUGAAGUUUGUACUUUUUAUAUACUUUGAACCAAAGAAAACUGUUCCAUGUUGGAUACAUUUGACCAUUCAUCAAGUAAAGAAGUAGUACAGUAAUGUAUUUGAAAAUGGAUGUAAAGUUUGGAAAGAUUUCACGUAUAACUACUAUGCUGACAUUGACUGCAGUGUACUGUAUAACAGUAUCUGUGGUUGGAGUCCUGAAUGACACUAUGUUGCUUGUCACUGGUGCAGUUCAUAGACUUUCUGAUGUUAUUGCACUCUUAGUUGUACUUGUUGCAAUUGUUAUGUCAAAUAAAACCAAUACUGCAUAUAAUACAUAUGGAUGGGUACGUUCUGAGGUUUUGGGUGCGCUGGUUAAUGCAGUCUUCUUAUUAGCGCUGUGUUUUGCUCUGCUUGUACAUUCAAUACAAUUGCUCACUAUCAGUGAAGAAGAACAUGGACAUGGACAUUCAGAAAGUUUUCGUCUCAUGAUUUCUGUUGGAGUAGCUAGUCUUGUUAUCGGCAUGGUGGGCAUUUUUCUUUUUCUUGGAUAUGCUCCAGGUUUUGAAAGUGGAAGUCUGUUUUGUAAAUGUGUCAGUGAGGAAAGAGAGCUCAUUCAACAAACAAAUAUUUCUGAAGCAGAUCAAGACAAUGAGGAAGAGGAGGAGGAAACCCGUGUGGUUGGCAUAAAUACUUCAUUUAUUAGACAGCCAAAAUCAAUAACUGGUUCUCAGCUUAAUUUCAGAGGACUUCUUCUUCACAUAUUUAUGGGUCUGUUGAGUUCUAUUAUAGUUAUAAGCAACACAUUAUUGAUGGAGUAUUCAAACAGUGACUGGAAACUUUAUAUCUACCCAGUAUUCAAUAUACUAUUAGUCAUCAUAAUGGUUGCUUUAGCUAUUCCCCUCAUGAAACAGUCUGCAUAUAUUCUGUUGCAAGUGGUACCAGAACAUAUUUCAGUUGGAUUUCUGAAGGAGAAACUAAAAAAAGAGGUUUCUGAGGUUGCAGAUGUGCAUGAAAUUCACAUCUGGAGACUUGAAGGUGACAUCAUUAUUGCAACAGCACACAUCACUAUCAAAGAUCGAGGGCAGUAUAUGAGAAUUUCUCGCAAAGUCAAGAAUUUCUUUCAUGAUCAUGGAAUUCAUUCUACAACUUUUCAGCCUGAAUUUGUAGAUGGAAGUGUGACAGUGCCACCUAACGAUAAGAAUACCUCAGAAUGUGCCCUGGAAUGUCGUGAGGACAGUUGUAAAAAUGCUCUGUGCUGCUCUACAGAUAAAUCAAAGACUGAUGAGCUUCUUGAGAACCUGGAGAGGGAACCACUCAUCCAUCGUCUGCUUAGUGACAAAUCUGAAGUUGAUGACGGCUGUGAGAAAUGCUGAUCAAAAGUUGCUUUGAAGAAUGCAUCAAAUGAAGAAACUAAGUUUAUUUGAAAAUUAUAGCACAUUUAUAAUAUAAAAAAAACUGUAUUAACACUCUAAUCUCUCCUUGCAUGUAAACAAUAUAAUUUCAGAAAAUGUGAAAUGUUUUUAACAACAAGUGUGAACUAUACGGUUAGCAACAAAUAUAUAAUGUAGACAGUUUCAGUUUUAAAGGGUAAUGGUUGUCUUACUGCGUCCUGUUCAAUAUGGGACCCAUAUCAACGUAUACAACUCAUGUAAAAUACAUUGUUUUGCUGCUGCGUGAUGACCACUGCCCUUUAAUUCAAGUCACUAGUAACAUCGCUUCUAAUAAACUGUAUAUGCAUAAACAGACAUGUAUUGGAACAUAAAGCACAGUUUUCAAACUCAUAAUCUUGGCAAUUGCCUCGCCACUGCAGGCACACAUGCUAGCUACUGUGCGAGUACAUCUGAUCAACUGUCUGUGCUUGUUGGUUGACAGGAGCUGCGAGAAUAUAUUCUCAUAGCUCCUGUCAACCAAUUGAGCAUGUGUUAAUAAAUAUUCGUUGCUGUUAUGCAUGAUCUAUAGAUGGUCAGAUAUUGUUAGACACAAUGUCAUCGGCAACCAGAAUUAAAGCAAAUAUUUCUCUACUUGUCUUGGAUUGUAAUUUAGAUUUGCAUUGGCAUUCCUGCGUUUCUGUGUAUUUUAGGUUUUAGGUGGCAUGUUAUAAUAAAGUUUUUUUUAUGUUAUUUAUUUUAAUAAUCUUUGAGAAUUAGAUUUGUUUGAUAGUUGUUUACAGUAAGAGAACACCAUUAGUGAAAGGAUUGUAUUGUGUGUUACAAGAUGAUGAUUGGUUUCAGGAUUAACUGACUUUAAAAUAUUUCUCAAUUCUGUAAAACAACCUAUUUCAGGUAGCAUGUCAUUUUAAUUACGAUAAAAUAACACUAUUGCACAUUGAAUUCACUUGUGCAUCUGUUUUUCAAAAGUACGUUUUGAAGUAUGUAAUCAUUGUGUAAAAUUAAGCCUGAAGUCUGGUAAAAAGUAAAUCAUUAAAUAUGCUGUCAAGUUUUGGGGAAUGUAAUCCCCAAUGUAGGUACUGCCCUUAUCCCCGGCUAAAAAAACCAAAAACUUGUGGCGUUGAAUGCACGUUCAUUGUCAGUAUUGUUAUGCAAAUUCAAACUAGCUAAUCAUUUACAACCUUCUGAGCCAGUGCAGAUUAGCCCCUUAUCUCCUGGCAACUGGAAUGCAGGUUUCUUUGUUUGAUCCAUUCAAAAGAAAAACAGGUGUUAUUUCCUUUGUUAUCCAAAACUUGCUUAGUAUGAUUGUUAAACUAUUAAAUAUGACAUACUGUUCACUAAAAUCACUACUCAAGCUAACAUCAAAAUAUUCAGAGAGAGCUCAGGGAACUUUCUACAAAUCUUAUGUACUCAGAAUGCAUGAAACAUCUAUUUAUAUUGCUGUACACUGGUGAUUGGUCUGUGAUUGGUCUAUGCCACAUACUCAAUAGCCCUUUUGAAUGUUGUAAAAUAUUUAUGUAUUAUAACAUUCCAGAUUUAUGAAAACCAUAGUAUUUCUUCAACUCUGUAAGUAUAGAAUAU